GCAUUUUGAGUGGGUGGUCAUGCCUUUUGGUCUCACCAACGCCCCGACAACCUUUCAAGCGGCAAUGACCAACGAGUUUCGUGCAAUGUUGGACCGGUUCGUGCUGGUCUACUUAGAUGAUAUUCUCGUCUAUAGCCGGUCAUUGGAGGAUCAUCUUGAGCACCUUCGACGAGUGUUGGAGACGCUCCGCCGCGCCAAGUACAAGGCCAACCGCGACAAGUGCGAAUUUGUCCGGCAAGAGCUGGAAUACUUAGGCCAUUUUGUCACACCGGAGGGCAUCACUCCGCUAUCGGACAAGAUUCAAGCCAUUCAAAAGUGGUCGGAGCCACGGAACGUCACGGAUGUCCGUCCGUUCCUUGGUCUCGUCGGCUACUACCAGCGUUUUAUCAAGGGCUACUCCAAGAUCGCGGCCCACUUGACCAAGCUUCAAUGCGAGGAUCGACCGUUUGACUUCGGAGAGGAGGCGCGGGAAUCAUUUUUGGCUCUCAAAGUCGCGCUAUUAUCUGUGGAGGUCUUGCGCAUAUACGACCCGCUUUUGCCUACGCGCGUCACUACGAAUGCGUCCGGCUAUGGCAUUGGUGCAGUCCUCGAGGAACACGAUGCCGUGUAUUGGCACCCAGUCAUGUAUUUCAGCAAGAAAGUGCCCGUCGUGCACUCCAUUGACGAUGCACGCAAGAAGGAGCUCCUCGCCUUCGUCCACGUGCUCAAGCGGUGGCGGCACUUCCUCCUUCGUCGAAGCCAAUUCCGAUGGGUUACAGACAACAAUCCAUUGGUCUUUUACAAGACCCAAGACACUGUCAACAACACCAUCGCUCGAUGGAAGGCUUUCAUCGAUCAGUUCGACUUCUUUCCCGAUCACAUCUCGGGGUAGUCGAACCGUUUUGCGGAUGCUCUCUCACGGCGUCCGGAUCAUUGUACCGUCGUCUACUCAACCUUCGA